CAAAUCACAAAUGGCCGCCAUUUGUCCAAAGAAAUACUAAGUCGUCUGCAAAUUUGUAUUUCCAAAGUUAAAUUUGAGCUAUAAAUUCAACCCAAAAAAUAAAAUUUAUACAAUAAUAUUGUAAAGCAUUUAAUUCCACACAAGUACGUAUAAUUUAUUUGUGUUUUUCUGUUCGCGAAAUGUGUUUAAUUUCCAUUUAAAAAAAAGGAACAACGAUACGGCGUUGAAGUUGAAUGAAUUGAAUGUGCUUCUUGAAUUUUUCUCGGUCGUUCUCGCCCGCAGAAAGUGGUGAUUUUUUUAAUUUAAAUUAAAAAAAUGAAUUCCUUUUGUGAACUCAGCGUCAGCAUUCAACAAAAAUCAAAAACAAAAACAUUUAUUAUUCCCAAAAUAAAGAACAAAGAAACCAAACAGUGAAUUUACUAAAAUAACCUAAUUAAUUAUCUUCUUUUUCUUGCAACAAAUUUUGGCGUAUUUUCUUUUAAUUUAUUUAAAAUUUAUUAAAAGUAAAAAGAAAUAAAUGAUUUAUAAAAAAACUAACGAACUAAAAUAUAUUACAGCUAACCCUGGAUCCUCGUCGUCGUUUUACUGUAAAUCCCUUGUCAAGAAUCGCGUGGACUGAAAAAUAACAAUCGCAACCGCGCGUCGUUGUCGUCCGAGUCCGAGACAAAAGUGGAGCCAUAAACUCUUGAACGAACAAUUGGCAACCACAAGAUUACAGUUCGGAGGCAAGUUUUUGUCUCCUCGACUUAAAUAAUCGUUUGUCGCGGCGGCCUUUAUUAUUAGUACAUCGAACGCCGCUGAAGAAAAACUCCCCCUUGACUCGUGUCUCACCUCGCGGAGGAGGGAGGAAAUGUCGAUGUCUAGGCGACGGGAAAUAAAUCCUAAAUUACGGAUGGAUAGGCAACCCGCUAUUGCCAGAAUAACAGAUCCAAGUUUGCCAGCUGGAAAGCGUCGUGAAAUCGAUAACGUGAUGAAGAAGGCACGAGCCAACACCAACGACUACUGGGACAAGAAGCUGCUGGAAGUGGAGGAGAAGGAUCCGAAUCGCUGGCGACACACUGGGUACAAGAAAAUGUACAUUCAAGGCGAGAGCAGUUCGGGAGAAAGUGAUCGCGAAGGAAACUUCCGUUAUAACGCCGGCGGUGCUGGCCCAAGCGGAGGCGGGGGUGGAGGAGGUGGUGGUGUUGGAGGAGGUCCGUCGGCCCUAAACGGUCGUAUAGGUGGCCCUGGAAUGUACCACCGUCCAUCGCGUUCGCCACGUAGUCGAAGUCGGUCGCGCUUGCGUAAAUCACCACCACUGUCACCCCAAAUGCGUCGUCGGUCACCAGUUGAGCAUGGUCGUCGUAUGUCACCGCCGCCGCAAAUGGAUCGUCGCCCGAGGUCUCCUGAACCGGGAAGGAGAAUCAUGCCGCCGCGUUCACCUCAGGAUAUGGGUGGCCGCAGACCCGGUCCGCGUCCUCGGUCGCCACCUGAGCCGCUGAAUAACGCACGUCGUGUAAAGUCUCCGCCGCGUUCGCCUAUGGGUCGUCGUCGUUCACCUGGGGGAAUGCCUCCGGCAAGGCGUCAUUCCCCAGCGGCUGGCAGUUCGAUGCCGCCCAACAAACGGGGUCAGAUAUUGCCGCGCUCAAAGAGGCCUCCGUCGCCUCCGCCGAGGAAUUCGUGUCGUUCGCGGUCAAAUAGCUCGGUAAGCAGUUGCUCGGACGAUUCCUGCUCGGUUUGCUCGCCCAAACAUCAUCGUCAAUAUUCAAGAUCAACAUCCUUGUCGCGUCCGCGUCCUGCAGGUGGCCCUCGAUCGCCUCCUCCUAAGAGAGGACCACCAGGUCCACCUAUUUCGCGUCCUCCAAUGCAAUACAGAGGCGUGCCUCCAAACACAAUGCCCUCUUCGUCUCGUGUACGCCCGUCGACUCCUCCUCAGGUCCGCGGAGAAAAAUACAGAGAAGAAAAACUUCGUCGCAUAAGUAGAGAACGUAGUCGUGAUAUGAUAAUUGAAAGGCCACCCCCGGAAAGCUCUCUACAAAUGGCUCGUGCACCACGUCAUUCGCCGCCGGAAGAUCCACGUUUGAAAAAUAGGCCACCAGAGCCCAUGGAACAAGUUGUUCCAAAGAAAAAAAAGAAGGAAUCUAACGAUAAGUUGGUACGUACUCGCAUAAAGAUUGAAGGUGAAAAACGCAAAAAACACGGCUCAUCAUCUGAAUCCGAUGACUCUGGAUCGGAUAGUGAGAGUUCAUUGCCAACAUUUACGGCAACAACACGACUAACAUUGUCGGAGAGAUUCGGUAAAAUGGCUCAAUGGAGUAUUGAUCGUAGCAAUAUGGAAAAUAUGCGAAUUACGAAAGAUUCAACUGGUGGAGCGCUGAAGGUUAUGAUCGAAGAAGGACUGGAGUCUCCGCCGCGUCGGUAUUCGUAUUCUCCAGCUCCGGCUGGCCAUUUUCCCGAGGAAUUGGCCACAACCGCGCCGUCGGGCAUGUUGUCGUGGGAUGAUGUACGCGUUCGCUACGAAUAUUACAAGAAUCGUGGAUAUUUACGUGAUUUAGAUUUAAAGGACUAUAUAAAAUGGGAAGAGUGGUGGUACAAGUACCAAGAAUGGUUGAAACAAGAACGUUAUUAUGAAUUCUGGGAAAGGCAACAAAUGCAUAGGCGUCGUCGCAAGAAAAUUCCCAUUGCCCAACGAUUGAACUGAAUAAACUAACUUUGGAGGAAACUACAAAUAUCGGAACAAAAAACAAAACUCAAUUUAAAUUUCGGAAUUUAAGUUAUUUGCAAUGAUGGAUGGUUCAAAUGUCCUGCGUAAAAUUCAACCAAAAAUACUUUAUUUUAUUUUUAUAGGUUACGUAGUAAACAGCUAAGCUCUUUUUGUUGUGAAUUUUACGCAGCAGAACCGCGAUAUCAUUUAUAAAAAUAGAAAAGAAAAUUAAGAAAUUAUUGUAAUGGACAUUUUCUUAGUAUAUUAAUAAGUAAGAAUAAUAAUUAUAAAUAAUUUAGUAAUUAGAUUGCAUCUGAAUAGAAGAAAUACUAAAUGUGCAUUAGUACUGCAAUCAAUCAAAACCGAAAACAUAAGGAAAUAUUAAAUGUAUAUGUUUUAAAUGUAUGCAUUUUGUUGGGAUAUAAGAACUAACUGAAACCAUAAUGUAACAUUUCAUCCAUCUAAAGAAACAAACAAAGAAUGUUGACAUAUAGAAUAUUAUAAUUUUCCCCAUUAAAUAAUAUAAUAAAAU